GUCAAUAAUAUGACAAUCAACUGACAUUCAUACCAUCACAUAAAGAACAACUGUUUUGCGUGAUUUGUACAACGAUAUUCAACGUCGUUUGUUUUUGUUUCGCAUAUUUUGUUAAAUAAAAGAAGCGUCGAAUCGAGAACAGUUUCUCAGCCAGAUAAAGUAAAAAAUUAAUACAUCGAGUAAAUGCAAACAUUCAUUCAGCUAUAAACACAUUUAUAGAAUGGAUAGUCAGCCACCGCUUGAUGAUCAUUUGGCCGAUAUUGUAGAUGACGAUUGGCGUCAAGAGCAAUUACCACACGAACAAAUUUGGGUUCCAUCCGAAAAAUUGCCGGAUCCAGAAGCCGAUAAUGGUGAUUCACAUUUAACUCUACUGGAACAGGAACAACGGUGGACCGAUCUUUCGCUUUCGAAUCUAACACCUGAAUUGGCAAUGACCGAUCAAAUUAACAUUUCUUCCGCAUAAGCCCAAAUCUUAUAACGAUGGUGUGUGUCUGUGUUUAUGUGAAAGAAAACAAAGAAUAAAUCAUAAUACAAAAAAAAACUAUAAAUAA